CAGGAACUGAAAUAUCGGCCUGACUCCUUCGGACAUCGCUCGUCUUUCUUCUCCCUCUUCCUUCAGCGGAACUUGAGAUUGUGCGCGAAGUACGAUCAAUUGCCCAGUUGGCGUGUCAACCUGUCUCUGGCGCGUUACACCGGGCAGUUGCUGCAGCAGACGAGACCUUCCUCUCAAAGACUGCUGCCCCUCCUUGCCCACUUCUCCGUUUCCUGCUUGCCUCUGCCUCUGCAGACAGACUCGGCCAGACCCGAGUUGCGAAGAGCUGACCAACCCGUCAAUUGCUCUAUUAAGAAAGCGACUUCGACGCCGCUUCCGUAAGCAAGACCACCACACUUCACGGUGGACCACCAACGAAACAUCACCACCACAGCGCAGACGGCCUCGAGUUUCAAUUACCUCGAGCCAGACUCGGCGAAGCUUUCCGAACCCUUCGCCGUUGCGGACGCCGAAUUGGUUUUGAACCCGUGCGGCAACCCGAAGGACACCGCAGCAAUGACGAACAUGGCCCGACACGGCUCCGUCGGUGCCUUCAGCGGGUUCUCCGUGAGCCAGCCGGCCCUCGGAGCGGCCCUGCAGUGGCUCCCCGCUAUUGGCACCCCCGAACUUGACGAGAUGAUCAACGCGUUUCUUCCCGGGCCCGCUUCGAUCCAGGACAAGCGUGCCCACAUCUCAAUGGACUUCUUCGAAUACUCGCGACGGACGGGCGAGAACUUCAAGUUCUACCCCGUUCCUUCCGGGUCCUUCACCCCCGUCACCGCAUCACCAGCUACCUCCGCGCUCUACGACUCGGGCUACGCAUCGAGCUUGAACUACUCCUCCGUGCUGUCCCCUGCCCCGGUCGCCCUGGCGCCUUCCGAUGGGAGGACGCAGUCCCGCUCAUCUGCCUCCAGGAAGUCCAGCUCGUCCAGCUCACGGCGAGAGACCGUGGACUUUGCGAACCAUCCCGGCAUGCGCAUCCUGACCAAGGAUGGACGGGACGUCACCAACUCGGCUUCCCGAGGCUGCAAGACCAAGGAGCAGCGUGACCAUGCUCACCUCAUGCGCAUCAUCAAGGCUUGCGACGCGUGCCGGAAGAAGAAGGUCCGCUGUGACCCCAGCCACAGGAAGCGCAACGCCUCGCAGUCUUCGCCGUCGUCGCAGCCUGAGCAAAAGCCCGUGAAGCGGUCAAGGAAGGCAGAAGAGUCGCCCCCUGUCACCGUGGCAGAUGCCUCGGCGGACUUAUUCGCUGGGGUCUUGAACGCCCCCGAGGUCGCUCUCACGUUCCCGGCUGUGGAUGCUGGCUUCCCUCAAGACCUCGACGAGUUUUGGAACGACUUCAUCACCUUCGAUCCAGAGCCGGCCCCGGUUGCUGCUGCACCCAACUUCGACGACUUUGUUUUCGACCCCUUCACCGACUCGCAGAACUUCUCCCCAAGCUCUGGGUCUUCGUCCACCUCUCCGUCACAAACCUUCACGCCGUUCACCCCGGCGCCUUCUGGCGGCUCCCCGGCAACUGCAUCUGAUGCUGCGGCUGAUUUGGCUGGCGGAUUCUCACUCCAGGACCCGACUGUCCCCUACCUCAAUCCGGGUGUUGCCCACGGCACCAACUACAUCGACUUCAACCUCUAUUCGCCCGGUCCUGAAAUCAUCGACGAUGAUCCUGUUCUUCAGCUGAGGGACCUUACCAGCCGACAACCGUCACCACAAUCUCACGAGCUCGCCCAAGCAUAUGCCAUUCACAAUUCGCCGCGUGCCCUUGCUGCCGAGCCUGUAAUACAUGCACCCAUCUCUUGGGCCACAUCCGCAGGCGACCGACCUGUUGACGAGAGACCCGCCAUCGCCGCCAGCUCAAUUGACGGCGCGUGGUACUAUGAUCCUGAGCCGAGCUUCCGUGAACGAGACCGCACCUCUGGCAGGUCGUCGACGCUCAGACAAUUGAACACCAAUCACAACAGGCUUGCCGGUUCGGAGGCAGGCGUUCCUUGCCCGUCCAGCGAUGGCCGCAUUACCCAUGGCGAUGCUUCUGAGAUCGGGCCUCUUCUCCCGGUUUCUUCUACCGCCAUGCACAGCGAGUAUCACAACGGUGGAGCGCCCAGCACUGUGUUUGCCCGUGCUGCACAGUCGUCGGUUAGUCCGUGCACGUCACCUGGACCUCGGAGGCUAGAACCCGCCACUGUUGCUGGCCCCGCAUCCUCCACCGUUGAAGCGGCUGUUUCGACCGACGCCGUCUCGCCUCGCACGAUUUCUCAGCUCGCCACGGCUGCAGCUUGGCAACCGCGCCUCCUGCGUGCGACCGGUUCAACGUCCUCGGCAGCUUCCAGCCAGCCAUGCCAUGGUGUUGUCGACGGCUCGCUGGGCAGCGCUGCUCGCCACGACCAGGGUUGCGUAAGCAGCUCCCUGGCGAGCCAGCUGCUCCCUGGCCGCGAGCUUGGGUCGUCUGCCCUCGUCGAUGCACUGCGCGGCGUCCAACUGGACGUUGGAGCAGCCCAUGCGAUGUUGAGGACCACGGUGUUCUCGACCCUGCCAACACGGUGCAACGUCGCUGGGGAAGGUGUGAUCAACAACACAUUCUUCUUCCAGCUUGCCGUGUUUGGUCUUGUCUCUCUUCUCUGCGCCCGCGCUCUGCAGGCGCUCCUGGCAGAUCAAGUCAACCUCGUCAACAUUCUUGCCAUCAGCAGCAUAUCUCUGGCCCGGCUGGCACCUCGGUGCGCCGGGCCGCCGAGCGUGGCGUUGCCUGUCUCGAAAACCUUGCCGUCACCACCACCGUCGCCGUCCGGCAUCGUUGGCCAAGUCCGGUCGACGAUCCAGUCUGUCACCGGGAGCCUAGGGGCCCUCCGGUGUACGGUGUCACGGCGGGUGAGGAGAAUUGUCCCUCGCCUGCCAUCGGUGCAAACCUGGAGGUUGCAAUAACCUCCUGUGUUCAUCUGGGCAAGUGUUUUGAUAUGCAUGUGAUGUUUCUGGUUUGUUGUUAGCGAGUGCAUUUUUGACUAUGAUACCCCAGGGCUGGAUUAGAGACAUGUGGUCGUCCUCUUCUCUUCCUAUGCAUGUACUAUAUUCGAGGCUUGCUUGCUCUGCUUAGCGAUGGCAGGCGAGUGUGGUUUGUGGUUGCGGAUGGGUCGGGGGGAGGACGAAGCUUGGUGGUCUGUGAGGGCCCGACUCCGAGGCGUUGCUGCCCUUGCUACUCCUUUGACUGGGCUUCGGACUGUCGGGCCAGACAGCAGGUAGCUCGGCUCUUCGGGCUUGACAAUUGAAGGUCUUCACAGGCCAUCGUUAAUUUAUUUCAGCCUGUCCCUUUAGCGUGGUGA